CCACGUCAAAACUCCAGUGGCUUCGUCACUGGUGGAGCCCACGACCUCUGAGUUGCGCGUCACGCUCAAGAUGGCAGUCACCGUUGUGGUCGCUGCUGCUGCUACUGCUACCACUGCUACCGUCGUAUUGGAAUCUCGCAGUGUCAUCAGCGCCCUCUGAAACCAAUAAAUGAGUUAGGCGAACUACUACACAGUGUGUAGCACACACUUCAAAUCGCGGGACUGUCUGCUCCGGUUGCGGCUCGCUCCUCGAUCGCGGUUUGGUUUCAAUUUUAUUUAUACUCGAUCCGUUUGCGCGAUCUAUCAAAAUUGCACCACGAUGGCUUCCUCGGCGCAAUCCUCCUCGGCGAAGAUGAAGGAAUUGCGCCUGCCGAUAUCCAGAGUGAAAACGAUUAUGAAGAGUUCUCCCUCCGUUGACACCGUCGGCCAGGAUGGAUUGUAUUUGGUUACAAAAGCUACGGAACACUUUAUACAUUAUUUAACCGAAGAGGCACACACGCGCAGCAACAAAGGUUCUUCCCUGGAUUACAAGCACUUGGCGGAGGUGGUGCAGACCAACGACACGCUGGAGUUCCUCCGCGAGAUAAUGCCCAGGAAGAUCACGGUCAGGCAGUUCAAGGAAAUGAUGGCGGCGAAGAACGCGUCCCACAGUAGUUCCUCCGACAGCAGCUCCGACUCGGACAGCGACAGCGACUCGGAUACGGGCUCCUGUUCGGACAGUGAUGAAACUAAAGCGGAGAAUGGGAACUCCGAGUCGGGCAGUGAUGAGCAAGAGAGUGAUGCUGCUAAGGAGAACGGUGCUUGCCAUUCGGCCAGUGACAAAAGUGAGAGCAGUGUGAAGAGUGACAGUGACGACGACAAUAAAAGAUGAGGGCACUCGUUAGUAUCUCGUUGAUGAGAGUGAGUGUCCCGUGGAUCGAACCUAGCAGAUUUGUCAGCAUGAAGCAUCAACAAUCAAAUUGUUUCGUCAAUGUAUCAGUUCAAGCAUAGAAUAGAUAGAUGUAACGAGCGUUCAGAGUUUGCGAAAGGCAAUGGCCGGUAUUCAUAGUCGGAUCUUAUAUUUAAGACCGUUUUAAGUUUAUCUGAAGAUGCUGUAUGGAUCAUUUCAUUGGCUAUGGAGUAUCUGAAGAUACACUUAAGACGGUCUUAAAUAUAAGAUUCGACUAUGAAUAUCGGCCUAUAUGAGAAAAAAUUGUCUCUCUCUAGAGGAACAGAUGCUAUUUUGAUAUAUCUAUGAUAUACAUAUAAAUGUAUACGAGAUCCUUUUUACAAUGAGUAUUUCAUCAUAGAUAUUUUUCCACUCAUUUUUGUACAUACAUAUCAGACGAUAUUCACCAAUCAAUUCCAACGUCGAUCUCUACAUGGAGAGUAGAGAAUUUUAUUGAUUACUUUAUUUAUUUAGUAUCAUUAUGAAUUAGAGCAUGGAAAUAUGGUUUUCAUGCAUAAGAAAAAUAAAUGGAUAAUGGCAUCCUAA